UUCACAAGCAUGAGCGGAAUUACCACAUCACAGAGCUUGAAACGUUAGCAAUUGUCUGGGCAGUGAAGUACUAUCGGUCGUACUUGUUGGGACAUCAUUGUCUUGUACUCAUGGAUCAUGCAGCUCUUUUCAGUACUAGCAACCCUUCUGCUAAAUUGGCCCGUUGGGCAUUGAUUAUACAGGAGAUGGCCCUUGAUAUCAAAUAUCGGCCAGGGAAAACAAAUAGCUGUACAGACGCUUUGUCUAGGAAUCUGGUAUCAUGUGUAGUUGCAGAGAGUGAGGGGGUCGGACUCGAACAGCGUAAAGAUUCUCAGUUCAAGCCGCUUAUCUCGAAGAUGGUACGUUGCCAGGUGAUGAUGCAGAGGCGAGGAAGGUGGUUAUUUAACAGUGAGGCUUUUGAUUUGACAGAUGGCCUUCUUUAUCAUGAGUGUGCUAAUACUCCUGUGUCUAGUGGUUCCACAGGAGAGACGAGAGGGUUUAAUUCAGGAGGCACAUGAUGGUAGAUUUUCAGGGCACUUUGCGGAAAAGAGAAUCUAUGAGCUACUUCGCCGUCGGCCAGGGAUGCGAGCAGCAGUCAGACACUAUUGUCGGUCAUGUUUGGUUUGUGCUUCUAGGAAGGGUCAGAGUCGGUCUAUCAAGCCACCACUACAACCUAUUACUGUUGGAGGACCGUUUUUGAAAGUUGGGGUUGAUGUUUUGCAGUUGCUUUUAAUUCUUGAUGGAAAUCAAUAUGCACUGGUAUUCAUCACCAAAUGGGUGGAAGUUGUUGCUCUUAAAAAGCUGAAACUAUUGCGAGGAUGUUUGUGGAGUAUGUUGUCUGUCGGCAUGGAGCACCACACGAGCUUCUUUCUGAUCGUGGUGCUAACUUUCUUUCGGAGCUGGUAGCGGAGGUAUGCAAAUUGUUUGAUGUCAACACAACCACCCGCAAACUAAUGGCUUGUGUGAGCGGUUUAACAGCACUCUCAUUCAGAUGUUGGCAAAGACAGUUGAGCGCUUUGGUCUUGACGAGCAUUUGUCGUAUGUUUUGUAUGCUUACCGUGUUUCGGUACAAGAGUCUACUCGGGAGUCACCUUUCUUUUUGCUUUACGGUAGAGACCCAGUGCUAGAAGCUCUCUCGCUCACCUUAUGUGGUAGAUCUAGACGAUUAUAAAACAGAAUUGGUAGCAGGACUGUCCAGUGCAUGGCAAACAGCCCAAGAGUGCAUUACAGACAAACAGAAAAGUAUGUAUGACAGGUCAGCCAAAGAACCUAACCUUGAAGUUGGUCAACGCGUCAUGGUUCGCAUGCCAAGCGAAGUUCAAGGGAAAACUUGGAAAUUUGCAAGACCAUUCCAUGGACCGUUUCGUGUCUUGAGUUUGACACCGACGAAUGCAGAAGUUCGACUUGUCGACGAACCCAAGUCUCAAUCAAUCUUUGUUUCCCUGAACUGUGUUCAAAAAUGUUAUGAAGAACUUCCUGAUCAGUCUUGGCGAGGAUCUACUCCACGCAAGUACGCCCAGAUUGCUAGUGACCAGCAACACCGCACUACACCUCAAGUUGUACCCGAUUCCUAUACUGGACCGAUGACGAGAUCCCGAACAGCUUUGGCUGGUAACUAAACUGUAUAACUGUGUUUGUUUUUGUUUUUUUGUUUUUUUGUUUGGUUACAUGCGGCUUCACUGUGACAAUCUCGAGGACGAGAUUUUCUCUCAGGAGGGGUGAUAGCCUAUUCUAGUUAUGUUAUUCUAUGUAACCUUAUUCAUUUAAUUUAUGUAUUAUGUAAGUGUCAUGUGACUGACACAUGAUGGUGAUAAGACACACAUGUUAAUGUCAGUAUUUACUGUGAAAGUAAUCUAGUUGUAUCUAACUAAAUAGCAGGCCAGAUAGCCUGUGUUACACUUUGACACGCGGAUGUCGUACCUCCUCUGGCUAAAGAUGCUGUCUAUAAGCAUUAAUUGUGACCUGCACUAAGUGUUGAGCUAGAGAAGUGUUGAACAAUGCGAUUGCAAACAACGUGCAGGAAUCACAACCGCACCUUCUCUAGCUUCAACUCCUUGCCUUUAGCAGAUAUGUUCCCCUCCUGGAGAUGUGAAGAAACUGGCAAAGUUAUCGAAUUAAGAUACCCUCCGCCUCCGAGGCCUCUGCCAGCAGAUCUGUCUAAAAAGUACCGACUGUAUCGGGACCGAGUUUUUGUAUCAACUGGCAAGUCAGAUGCUCACAGAUCUAGUCUCGUGAGGACCACUGCAAGACCAACUCAUUACCGUUCAGGCUGGAACGAACAGACAAUGAAAACAGCCCUCGAGUCCGUGCUCUAUGGUGGCAUGAGCAUAGGCAAGGCAGCUCUAUCUUAUGGCAUCCCAAAAUCCACAUUAUACGAUCAUAAAGUGGGGACGUUUUACCUGGAGUAAAGAGUGGGCAUCCUACAAUUCUCACAACUGAGGAAGAGGAGGACCUGGUGUCAUUUAUUAUAGAAUGUGCGGACAUUGGCUAUCCGAGGUCACGAUAUGACGUAAUUGCCAUGGCUGAGAUGGUGGCAACGAAAGCGGAGAAAGGGACACCUCAUGAGACUCUCACAAAUAGAUGGUGGCAGAGUUUUUGUUACUUUAAAGACUGCUACAUCUCUAUCUACUGCGCGUGCAAAGGCAUCCUCCCCAGAAAUCUUGAAGAGCUACUUUCGACUGUUAGACGAGACAUUGAAGAAGCAUGGCUUGACUACUGAUCCAUCCUUGAUUUUUAAUAUGGAUGAAUCGGGAUUCCCCCUCGAUCCAAAGCCGUUGAAAGGUGUAUUUAUUAAAGGCACAAAGAACCCCUGCUCGGUGACAGCUGGCAAUAAAUUAAAUCUCAAAUAACUGUCGUUGGCUGCGUAAGCGCUGGAGGUCAGUGUCUACCACCAAUGAUCGUAUGGCCAAGAAAGAAAAUGAAACCUGAACUGGCAAUCGGUGAAGUUCCAGGCACAGUGUUUGGCUUGGCAGAGAGAGGCUGGAUGACACAAGCUCUAUUUAGCCGAUGGCAUUUUUUGCGCUACGCACCAGCAGCUAGACUCCUUCUCGAUGGGCAUUCUUCUCAUUACUGUCCCGAGACUCUCAAAUUAGCACAAAAACAAGGUGUUAUAAUGCUUGCUCUCCCUCCAAACACAAAACACCUCACGCAACCACUAGACAAGGGAGUGUUUGGUCCCUUGAAACAGAGGUGGUGACAAAUGGUUCAUGAUUUUCGGGUUAGUCAUCCAGGCCAAGUGGUAACUCAAUAUAACUUUUGUAAGCUUUUUAGCAAAUCAUGGGUCGAGGCAAUGACACCGAAGAAUAUCUGUUCUGGAUUUUCAACUACGGGUAUAUAUCCGUUUAAUCCCGAUGCUUUGACACUCCCAUGUCAAACCAGAGAUCACUCAGAUUCCUCAUAUAUCGAGACUGUGUCUCCUUUCACACCAGCCAAGCGCAAGGUUUUUGGCGACAGAUUCGCUUACCUCAUUUACCGACUACCAUCCAUGUGAGAGACAAAACACAAUGAAAAUGAUGGAUAUUGAGGCUGUACCACUUCAAGAAGAACUCAAAACUUGCAAGAGAUCCAUCAGGGCAACUCAUGACUUCAGAUGAAAACAUUCAGGAGGUAUUGGAAAAAAAAGAGGCUAAAGAUGCUAAAGAACGUGCUAAAGAACUCAGGAAAAGUCUAAGCCACCCAAAAAAACAAAGACGAAGAAUGAGGAUAAGUCCCUGUUGGUUGAAGCCGAUGACGAAUUUAUCUCAGGUGGAGAUCCGUUGCUCACAAGCUGGGUUAGUAGUCUGUCCCUCUCCGUAAAAGACCAGCAGGUUUUGAAGGGUCGUAAGUGUCUCACUGCGAACCACAUUUGUGCCGCUCAUCAUAUGCUCAAAUCUCAAUUUCCAGCACAGAAUGGAUUACAAGACACCCACUAUCUCAGUAUUAACAACAAAUGGAAUUCCGAUCCUGACGAUUUUGUACAGAUUUUGUACGUGGAUUCAGCACACUGGGUAUGUUUGUCUAACUAUGAUUGUGAACAUGGAUUUGUGGACCUCUAUGACUCAAUGGUUUCUGUGCCACCUGAAGAUGGGAGUAUUGUGCGACAAGCAUGCACGAUUAUGAAAUCCCUCAACCUCUCGGCAGUACAAGUCAACCUUGUAAAGGUUAAGCAGCAGAUUGGAGGCUCAGAUUGUGGCUUAUUCGCAAUUGCAAUGGCCACAGACCUGUGUUUGAGGACUGACCCAUUCGGUGCUUCCUAUGCCCAAGAACAAAUGAGGAUUCAUUUGGAGAGAUGCUUUGAAUCUGGACAGAUGACUGUGUUUCCUCGCACUAAUGGACCAGUUGUCGACAGCACAUCUAAUAGACUGUUUUGUUCUACGCUUUUUUUCAAGAUUCAUUGUGUUUGUCGUCAGCCAGAAGCCUUUUUGCUAAUGGUUUGCUGUGAUGGAUGCGACCUGUAGUUUCACAAGCGCUGUGUGCCAGAGAAGUUGAACCCAAGUGAUGACUGGUUCUGUUCGUCAUGUGCGUUUUCUGGUCAAGGCAAGGCACCUGCACCCGAGGAUGGCAAGUCACCCACAGCCACCCCUGUCAAUGGUGUCGCACAGAAGGGGAGUUGAGGUAACUUUAGCUCUAAUGCCUUGGAUAGUACCGCUAUACUUGCACAUGAGUGGUUCUCCCAUUCGUGUAUUACAUAAUUAUACAUGUGUGCAGGUCGACCUGCACCCGAGGAUGGAAAGUCACACACAGCCACCCCUGUCAAUGGUCGAGGCAAGGCACCUGCACCCGAGGAUAGCAAGUCACACACAGCCACCCCUGUCAAUGGUGAUUCAGGGCCAGUCAAGAGAGUCGCACAGAAGGGGAGUCGAGGUCAAGGCAAGGCACCUGCAGCUAAGGGCUCACAUGUACAGCCAUUCCUGGGCCAGUCACACGGAUAACUACUAGAGGUCGAGGCGGCACCAGGUCUGGGAACACUGUGAUGACCUGAUUUAUUGCGAUGACCAAACUGUGAUGACUAGCUUGAUUCAUCUAUGCAGAGCAAGAUCAUGGACCUAAUAAUAGCUUUUUCCGAGCGAAGCGAGGCUAUAAUCUCGUCACGUUGAGAGUUUGGCGAAGAAAAAAAUGGACAACGUAGGACUCAAUGGAACUAGUGGCUCUGGUUGCUGCAGACCGUAACGGUUUGACUUCAAAGUUGGAGGACGCGUUAGCCACUGUACUGAGGACACUUCAGCUCCAUUCUACAGCUUAGAAGGCCUUUUUUCAAGCGUUCUGCUCAUAAGCUAGACAAUGCUUCUUAAAUUGACGAUUCGUGACAUUUUGAUCAUUACCUAGAUCUAUUCUUUUCUGCAACCAAUUGCAGAAACAGGAGAUUACUAUUGCAGACUCCUCAGGCAACUGUGUUCUCAUAUUUGGCAAGAAGCAAUAGGUUCAUUGGAAAUAGGUGGGAGCUAUUACAUAACUAAGCUAACUGUCAGAGUCUGUUUCCAUGCCAGCAAAUGGUUCGUCCGUAACUAAACUUGACAACGUUGACGAAUGUCUAAUGAACUUUCACUCAUGGGUGCUACCGUCAUUGCUGUCAAGAAAUUCGAAAAGUUCAAUGCUUGCACUUACUGUAAAGGUAAAGUUGAAGAUGACAUCGUCGAAUGCUCAAAAUGUGGUGCAACACUCCUACUGUCUCGUUGCCCGCCCUUUUAAUCAGAUGGCUAAACUGGACUUGGAAGGGCCAGAUACCACGUUUGUUACGGUUGUUGUUUACAACGAUUUAAUCAAAGCCAUUGUCGAACAAGACAGCAAACUACUACUUCCCUCCUGAAAGCUAAACCAUUCGAUAUUACAUACAAUCAAUACCAUGUAGCUACAAGUGUCUCUCGGUGACCUUGACACCAGGAUCAAGCUACAACUAUUAACAUUUAACAAUUCCUUUUUCCCAUGUGCUGUUUCAACAAUUAUUACUCAAAAGCCUUACCUAUGAAUUAGCCUCGACCCCAAGACCAUUAAAAAGGCCUUGGAUUCGAGGCUAAUAGUGCGUAGAGAGGUUGCACUCCAGUGUAUCCCUAGUAUACAAUGAUGGUGUUUCAUUCUUGUUUUGCAAAUCAUAA